AUGGGGAAUCUCGCCACGGAUGAAAUUCUUAGAAAGCUUGGAGAAGAGGACAAAACGAGCAAAGCCAAAAAAAAUCAGAAGUCAGGUGUAAUGACAAAGGAUGGCUCUAAAAACUCGAAAUCAAACGGAAGUGGCGCAAAGAAAAACAAAGACAAACGUUCUCACCCGGGAAAGGAUUCAGCAAAGGGUUCAGGUGGGAGUAGCAAUUCGCCCUCUCCGUCACCAAAGCAUAGUAUAAAGAUGAACGGUCGUGUAUCGCCACUUGAAUCGUCAGGCACUAAAGAAAAUAAGGAAUCAGUUGUGACUGAGAACCUUACGCAGAAGCUGAGUAGUGGUAAGCAUUCUGGACGCAGGUCACGUUCUUCUGAAAAGACCAAUGAUAAAAUCAAAGCAGUAAUCUCGACUUCGGCAGUUGUGGCUACUGGAGAGGAAGAUGACGAAGAACAGUAUGUUAGUGCCGAUGAAGGUGUUAACUCGGUAGCCAGCGAUGAAGUGUACCAUACCGAUGAACUCUCUGUUAGUUCGUCUCAUGACUUGAUGAAUGAUGCUGGUAAUUAUCGCGCUGAUGAUGAGGAGGUAAUACCGAGCAAAUAUACAGUCGAGGAACCUGAGUUUAUCCAGGUUACUGGAAAGAACAAAAAAAAGACUUCGACAGAUCAGGAUUCGUCGUCUAGACGAAUCAGGCUAGUAGUUUUAAAGCUGUUUUCAAUUAUCCUGAGGAGGAAGAAUGAAACCAUUUAUGUUUACAGCAAUGUCGAGAAAUCAACUUCCCGGCAGGUUUCGAGUUAUGCUGAGAUUAAUCAGAGGCGCAAUUCAGCGCAACUGACCGUUGAUGUUGGCACAGGACAUCAGAAUCAACUGUCUUCUCCGAAUGAUCAUAAGAAGUUCUUUGGUUCUUUGACUAGACGUCAGUUGAAUUCUCUUGCCGAUUACAUUGAGGAUAGUACCGUUCAUCAGGGUAAAAUGAGGAAGAAUUCCCACCAUGGUAAUUCGAGGAAUAUUGCAAGUUCUUCUCAGCAGUUAAAAUCUCAAGCUUCCCAGGAAAAUUCGAAAAAUAAGCUGUCUGCGACUGAGGCUGUGGAUAGGCGUAGCAACCAGCCUUUGUGCUCUUCUGGUAGAUAUGCUGCUGCUGUCACACAUAAUAGUCAGACGAUAUAUGAUCUGGGAGUUGUGACUGUACUUCACUACGAAAUCUGCGAAAUUGCACAAGUUCAUUCAAAACCCAAAAAUUUCAUGUCGAGAUCUGCACAAAAAUUAUUUUUGAUCACUUUUACAUACGACUAG